AGGCUCUGUGUGGGAAGUUUGAAUUUUGCCGAGUUUUAGGUAGUAGGCGUUCCUUCUUCAGAGGCGGCGGUGGUCGUCCAAGCCCAGAGGGUUCCUUUACUUUUAGUUUGGUUGAGGUUUCACGCUAGAAACUGCCUCAGGAUGUCUUCAUCACAUUUUGCCAAUCGACACAGAAAGGACUUAAGUACUGACAUGAUUAGAACUAAAAUUGCUCAUAGAAAAUCACUGUCUCAGAAAGAAAACAGACAUAAGGAAUAUGAACGAAAUAGACACUUUGGUUUGAAAGAUGUCAACAUUCCAGCCUUGGAAGGUAGAAUUCUUUUUGAGUUAGAUGAGACAUCUCAAGAGCUUGUUCCAGAAAAUGCCAGUGUCAAGCCAAGGUCAACAAAAACUAUUCUAGGUGAUCAACGAAAACAAAUGCUCCAGAAAUACAAAGAAGAAAAGCAACUUCAAAAAUUGAAAGAGCAGAGAGAGAAAGCUAAACGAGGAAUAUUUAAAGUGGGUCUUUAUAGACCUGAUAUGCCUUGUUUUCUUUUGUCAAACCAGAAUAUUAUGAAAGCUGAGCCAAAAAAGGCUGUUCCAUCUUCUGUACGGAUUACAAGAUCAAAAGUCAAAGACCAAAUGGAGCUGACUAAGAUUGAUAAUGAGAGUGAUGUUCGAGCAAUCCGAGCUGGUCAAAGACAAACUGAAAAGAAAGUGUUGGACAAAGAGAAAAAAGCUGUACAGCCUGUAAUGCCAUUGGUGAGAAUGACUCGAUCAGCUACUCAGGCAGCAAAGCAGAUGGCCAGAACAGUCUCAUCUACUACAGCGAGAAAGCCAGUGACAAGAGCUACUAAUGGUAAUGAAGCAGAAAGAAAGGCACCAAAUCAAGGAAGAUCUGCCAAAAAGAUAGAAACAAAACCUGACAAGGUCAUUUCUUUUAAAGCUGAUAGUGAAGAAAAUACUUUGGAUUCACAAACCAGUGCAACAAAUGGAAUGGAUCCAAAUGGUGUCUUAUCAAAAAUGGAAAACUUACCUAAGACAAAUACUGCAAAAAUGAAAGGAAAAAAUUCCUUUGCACCUAAAGAUUUUAUGUUUCAGCCACUAGAUGGUCUGAAGACCUAUCAAGUAACACCUAUGACCCCCAGAAGUGCCAGUGCUUUUUUGACACCCAGUUAUACCUGGACCCCUUUAAACACUGAAGUUGAUAAGACUCAAGCAACAAAAGAAAUCCUUGCACAGAAAUGUAAAACUUACUCUGCCAAGACAGCACAUCAAGAUUCAAGUAAAUUACAGUGUCCUUUGGGUUCUCUAACAGUUUGGAAUAAAGAACAUGUCUUGAAUAAAAAUGAAACUACUAACAAAAAUUCAAAUGAUCUUUCAAUAAAAGAAGUCCCAUCACUUGAAAUAAAUGAAGUUCCGCUAUCUCAGCCACAACAUGAUGUGCCAUAUUUCAGAAAUAUUCUCCAGUCAGAAACUGAGAAGCUAACUUCAUACUGCCUUGAAUGGGAUAGGAAGCUUGAAUUGGACAUUCCAGAUGAUGCUAAAGAUCUUAUUCGCACAGCAGUUGGUCAAACAAGACUCCUUAUGAAAGAAAGGUUCAAACAGUUUGAAGGACUGGUGGACAAUUGUGAAUAUAAACAAGGUGAAAAGGAGACUACCUGUACAGAUCUGGAUGGAUUUUGGGAUAUGGUUAGUUUUCAGAUAGAAGACGUAAACCAAAAAUUCAACAAUCUGACCAAACUUGAGGAAUCUGGAUGGCAAAACAAUAACAAUACAAGCAAAAAAGUUUUUCGGAAAAAAGUUGUCUCGAGUAUAACAAGUAAACCUAAACAGGAUGAUGGUGGCAGAAUUGCAGCUAGAAAUCGCCUCGCUGCCAUAAAAAGUGCACUGAGAGAGAGAAUGAAGCAGGAAGAACGUGCUGAGGCAGCGGCCUCUGCCAUGCCAAGGGAGGUGGAUAAAGUAGUGUUUGAUGCUGGGUUUUUCAGAAUUGAGAGUCCUGUUAAGUCAUUCUCAGGGCUUUCUUCUGAAUGUCUUUCUCAAAGACUUAGAACACCUAAUUCUGUCAGCAAAGCUAUGUCUGAGAGCAGGCCUGAGAUGGGCCUUCUAAGACAAACUGCACCAGAGAAUCCUGAUCCUCAGAGUACCAAAAGUGAACAUGUUGAAAAGACUUUGAUUUCAAAUAUUUCUGAAAACAGGAACAGCAUAGUAGAAGAUGCUAAGAGUCCUGGAUUACAAGUUUUAACUGAAGUAGACCAUGAUAUAAAUAAGAAAAACUCUGAGAUAGAUUGUGUACCCAAUGAAAGAAUGAGUUUGGCUCUCCUUGCUGGGAAAGUGGCAGAUGAUGUUAAUACUAACAAAAAGGAAGAAAUUUCACAUGUUGUAGAAGGAAUGGAACUCAAUUCAGUUAUAGCACAGGAUGUUUGGAUGAUUAGCCCUGAAAAAAAUAUACCAUCACAAAAUAACAUCUCACAGGAAGAAGAAACAAAAAUUUCUCAGUCAGUACUGUAUGAUAAUAAAAGUCUUGCUACUGAAUGCCAUCUUCUUGAUUCACCAAGCCUUAACUGCGGUAAUACAUUCACUCAGGUGGAGAAGAGACAUCAAGAACGUACCAGACAUAUUUCCUUUGGUGGUAACUUGAUUACCUUUUCACCUCUAAGGCCCCUCAGUGGAGAACAACCAGAAGAAUUUUGAAUUUAAAAGUAAAUCCAGAAAUUUUUCUUCAUGUUAUCAAUGCUGUGAUAUAUUCUUAUAAUAUUGAAAAGUUGGAGAAUGUAUAUUUGUGUUCACUUCUAUUCAGUCCAUUUAUAUAGUGUCAUAUAGUCGGCCUUCCAUAUGUGUAUGCAGAACACAUGGAUACUGAGGGCCUACUGUAAUGGACUUGAGCAUCCUUGAAUUUUGGUAUCCAUGGUGGGGGCGGGAGGGCCCUGGAACCAAUCCUCCCUGCCUCCCAUACUAGGGGACGACUGUAAUGUUUUAGUAUGCAGUGUUCAUCAAAGUGUGUUUUAGAUCUGAUACUGUUUCUCAAGGGAAGUGGGGAUAUUUUGUAUAGUAACCAUACAGAAUAAAAAAUGUACUGUGCCUUG